GUUGAAUUUCCUGCAACGCACCACGGAAAUGUCAGCUGGCCGCUGUCGUAUUAUUUCUUUAUAAAUUUAUGUGCUGUGAUAAAAUAUCUACUGGAAUAUUUUUCUGUGAUACGUCAACUAAUACGAAAUUACACAAAUAUAAUGUAUCAGUUUGAAUAUGAAGUGAAAAUAUGACAGAAGUCAUUAAGAGGUGGUGUGAGAUUUCUCUUCAAUUUCUAUGGUUUAUGACUAAAUAAAAUGCCUUUGGACCUUAUUAAACAAUCAUAAAUUAUUCUUUAGUUUUUUCUGUUAUGAUUUAAGAGUGAUACAGUGGUAAAUACUUAAUCUUUUAAGUGAUUUUGUUCAAUGGUUUUUUACCCUUUUGCACCUGCCUCAAUCAAGAACGUUUACCUGUAAUCAAAGGAACAUUGGAUUUCAUUAAAAAGGAUUAUUUUAAGUGGACAAGAUGAACGGCUCCGAAUCCGGGUUCAACCCGGCUUUUAACAUUGCCACAAUAAAACAGGUGGUAAAUGAGGCUAUUGAAAGAGUCGCGCCGGUUUCAGUGCGUAUGCCCACACCCACCCGUCUCCGGGACCUCAUCAGACAGAUUAGAGCAGCCAGAACUGCUGCCGAAGAGAGAAGUGUCGUGAACAAAGAGUGCGCGUACAUACGGUCCACGUUCAGAGAAGAAGACAGCGUUUGGAGAUGUCGCAACAUAGCAAAACUCCUGUACAUCCACAUGCUGGGGUACCCGGCGCACUUUGGACAGUUGGAGUGUCUCAAGUUGAUCGCGAGUCCGAGGUUCACGGACAAACGGGUCGGCUACUUGGGCGCCAUGCUGCUACUUGACGAGCGUCAGGAUGUCCACCUUCUCAUCACUAACUGUUUGAAAAAUGACCUCAACAGCAACACUCAAUUCGUGGUCGGACUGGCGCUAUGCACUCUAGGAGCUAUAGCCUCGCCCGAAAUGGCGCGGGACUUGGCCUCAGAGGUGGAGAGACUCAUCAAGUCCCCGAACGCCUAUAUCAAGAAGAAGGCUGCUCUAUGCGCCUUCCGAAUCAUAAGAAGAGUUCCUGAUCUCAUGGAGAUGUUCUUACCAGCUACAAGAAGCUUGUUGACUGAGAAAAAUCACGGUGUCCUUAUCACCGGCGUGACGCUCAUCACCGAGAUGUGUGAAAACAGUCCCGACACACUAAAUCACUUCAAAAAGAUCGUUCCUAACCUGGUGAGAAUAUUGAAGAAUUUAAUACUGGCCGGCUAUUCGCCAGAGCAUGACGUCAGCGGUGUCUCGGAUCCUUUUCUUCAGGUGAAAAUCCUCCGCCUCCUCAGAAUAUUGGGCAAGAACGACGCGGAAGCGUCAGAAGCCAUGAACGACAUCCUCGCACAGGUCGCCACCAACACGGAGACGAGCAAAAACGUUGGCAACACGAUAUUAUACGAAACUGUACUUUCCAUUAUGGACAUUAAGUCUGAAAGUAGCCUGCGAGUGCUGGCCAUCAAUAUCCUAGGUCGCUUCCUGCUAAACAACGACAAGAAUAUACGUUAUGUGGCGCUGAACACACUGCUACGGACGGUGCACGUCGAUACAUCGGCCGUGCAGAGGCAUAGGACCACGAUAUUGGAAUGUCUUAAGGACCCAGACGUGUCGAUCCGGCGGCGGGCAAUGGAGCUCUCGUUCGCCCUGGUCAACGGCCAGAACAUCCGCAGCAUGAUGAAGGAGCUGCUCACGUUCCUGGAGAGGUCGGACCCCGAGUUCAAGGCGCACUGCUCCAGCGCUAUGGUGUUGGCCGCGGAACGAUACGCCCCCUCCAACAAAUGGCAUCUAGAUACGCUGUUCCGGGUGUUCUUGAAGGCGGGUAACUACCUACGAGACGACACGGUGUCGUCGACUAUCCAGAUCGUGUCAUCCGCGCCGAUGGAACGGCAGGCGUACGCCAGCAUGCGUCUGUGGACGGCGCUCGAACGAUCCGCGAUCUCCGGGGAUGCCACUGAGAAGCAACCACUUGUGCAGGUGGCCGCGUGGACGAUUGGCGAGUACGGUGAUUUAUUGGUGUCGGAGGCUAGCAACGCUAUAUCGAUGGUCGACGAAGACGGCUUUGAUGAUUUCACUCGUCCAUCCGAGGAGUAUGUGAUCGACAUAUACCAGAAGCUGCUGUGGUCCACCCAGCUCUCCAUCACCACCAAGGAGUAUUUACUGUUAUCAUUGGCGAAGCUCUCGACUAGAUUCACCACGCAGCCCAGCCAAGACAAAAUCCGCGUGAUUAUAGAUACAUUCGGAUCUCAUAUCCACAUAGAGUUGCAACAGAGAGGGGUAGAACUUUCACAAUUGUACAGGCAACACGCACACCUUCGGCCCGCUCUGCUGGAGCGCAUGCCGGCGUUGGAGGCUCCCGGGCCGGCGGGACGCGAUGACGACCAAGAGCCGCCCAGCAGCCCCACCAGCCUUCCUGCCAGCCCCACCCGUCCGCUGCCUGACCAGGACGCGCUGUUAGAUCUCAUCAUAGGCUCGGACUCGUUGACGAACGGCGACGUGGAACACCAGCCCACACAAGCAGCGCCCACAAACAACAAUACUAGUAGCAAUGACAUCCUGGACCUGCUGAGCGGACUGGACCUAUCGUCGCCUGCGCCCGCGCCGGCGGUCAGCGUGGCCAACAACAACGCGGCGCCGCCCGCGCCCGCCAGCCUGCUGCUCGACGGACUCUUCACCGCGCACCAGUCGGAACAGAUUGCACAAGCAGAACUGCCGUCCGUAGUGGCCCUGGACAAGAACGGGCUACGGAUCACGCUGGAUGUGCAGCGGGCGGCCGGCGGCGACGCGGCGCUGACGAUGCGUGCCUCCAACUCUACCGCCUCCACGCUCACUGAUUUCCUGUUCCAGGCUGCCGUGCCGAGGACUUUCCGAUUAGAUAUGAUGUCACCUUCAGCCACCGUGCUGCCGCCACAGGGAGAGAUUACGCAGGUGUUAAAAGUUAACAAUCCCACAAGGUCAGCGCUUCGGCUACGGAUACGCGUGUCCUACAACGUGGACGGCAACCCAGUGUUGGAGCAAGCAGAGGUCAACAACUUCCCCGCGGACCUGUUCAACUGACGAGUGGCCAACCCUCCCGGCUACUGCCUGUAGCCACGCGACCAUCUGUCAAUCUAACAGUACUGAACAGUGGCUAACACUCACCGCAACGAUACUUCACUGGCUGUGUACUGACCACAAUCGUAUUAAUCUUAAACCGGAAUGGAAUAUCACUCACGGUCAUUUUUCUAUUUGACGGUAAAUGUGUAGAAACCGGUACUGUUUCGAUUUUAUUAUCCAGACUUGUGACAAAGGCCUAGAACACACGACGCAACUUAUCAAAGAGCAGUACUAAUUUUUAAGUUUUACACGCGACGCGCAAUAGCAACUAGUUUAAAAUAAAUAGUUGAUUAGUUGUAUUGUGAAAUCUUCUUAUAAAAACACCAUCUGAAUUUCACUUACACUCUUAUAUACAUAACUAUUGUCAACUAAAACUGGUAUUAUUGCAAGAGUGUUUCAUUUAGAUCGCUCUAUGUGUCCAUAUAGCAAUAGUUUUAACCUAGUUACUUAAAAGGGGUUUUAUUAAAACAAAAAUUGUGUUCCACAAAAUCUAAAAAGAACUAUAACAUUAAUCGUUGCAAUUUAAUGGAUAUGGGAGUAAACUAUCGAUUUUAUAAAAAAAACCAUAGUCGUAUUCAUGGAGUGGGGGGAGGGGAGAUAUGCAGAUCGACUCACUAAACCUGUCUCUAAAACAAAAAUUUUUUGCAAAAUCUUUAUUGUAAGGACCAAUAUGAACUAAUUUUCCAAUAGGUUUCAGUUACAACUAUUAUGAUUUUAGUUUAUAGAUGGUUCGUAAAACAAUAGAUUCGUGAAAUUAUCAAAUUAAAAGACACCUCAGAAUCGGUCCCAUUGUCUAACAUACUCGAAGCAAAAAAUACAGGCAAAUUGUUAGUUUAUUUUUAAGUUUCUUAAUAACAAAUUUUGUCUUUUUCUUAGUGUGUUCUGGGACUAAAUCGCGUAAGAAUUACUUGACAUUGAAUGAUCGUCGUUUUCCUUUGCCUGAUCAUGAAGACUGACGCUCGGUUCCAUGUAUUAUUCAAACAGCAAUAAAUCUCACGUGCGCCAUCUGUUGAGAUAAUUAAUAUAUAACCGGCACAGGUUAGAGAUUUGUAAACAUUCCAAUUGUUUUAGAUUUGUUUCUACUAAAAUAUUACACAUUAUUAAAUUAGGCUUACUGUUGUGGAAUAUUAAAUAUAUUGUACCUGACCAUAAAAAUAAAAAAACGAAAUUUUAAAUACAAUAGUAUUUUAAUUAUGGUAUUAUAAGGCAAACUGUGACAUGGCCAGUAUUUUUAAUUUGGAAACUUGGCAACAAAUUUGUAAUAUAAUUCUCCAAACGGUUUACAAUUUUUCAAGAAAAAAAAAGUAUCCGAGAGCCUAAUGGAAGCAAGUGGUUGACAAGUGUGUUAUUCUAAAUUUGAGUAAACUGGUUGUGAUUGAUAGAAAAAGCAUUUAACAGUAGUUAAAUUCCAGAUAAAGUUUAAAUACUGUAGUACAUAAUAGAAUAUUCAUAGUUGACUGAUAGAGAACGCUGUUGUGUUGUGCAUUGAAAUUUAAUAAACGAAAUAUAAAAAAAAAAUCACACAAUGUCAUGACAGUAGACAAUUAUCAUAACGUAUUUUUUAUUUUUCUGGUCAGUAAAAGCAAUCUAGCGGGCAUAUUUGUAGCGUUAGUUAAAUCUCGUAUUAUUUUUUAAAAUAAAUUCUAUUAUUUAUAUUUCAAAUAAUAAUGUAAUUAUAUUCAAAUCUUGGAACACCUAUCGAAAUAUCAUAUUACGAACUCCGUUAUAUUUUUUUUUUCAAAUACAUAGCUUUAACGUACUUUCUUUCAAUUUACUUAUCAAUGUGGCCUUUUACUAAAUAACAGGAAGAAUAAACGAAGAAAUGAACACAAUAAAUCUCCAUGAUAUAUCGGUCGGGUUUUAGAAUUGCAUAUUUGUAAGGUAAAUCAUGAAAUUUCAUGUCGUGUUGCUUGUAUAUAAAUUGAGAGUGUGAAUGUAACAUACGAUGUAUAGGAAGGUGUAAAGGGCCUGUAUGGAAUGUACUUAAUAUACUAUAAUAGAAUCACCAUUAUGAUAUAAUCUAUGUGUGAUAAAUCUGUUUUUAUUUUAUACCUGGCAUAUUUUGUUAACGAUUCUGGUGUGUCUUUUGUUUGUUAUUUAGGUAUGAAGGCAGAACUUUUUAGGAAUGUCAAUGCAUGAGAAGUACUAUUGGUGUCACAGUGUAUUCUGUUAUAACCAUAAUAUAAUGUUGAUUAAUGACUGUUGUAUAAUUUCUUUCCAUGUGGUUUGCCAUUCCAUAGCGAAUAAAAAGAAAUUAAAUAAUGAAUUUAAUAUAUUUAAAAAUAUUUCUAUUACUAAAUUACUUAUAUUAUUAAAUUACUAAAUUUGCCAAGUAUAAAAAAACAGGUUGUAGUAAUAUGUGUCGAAGGAUUCCUUGUUGUAUAAACUCCUCAGUUGGAAGUAUAGAUGUCUGCCAUUUAUUGCUUAUAAUCGUAUGUGAUAUUUAGUAAGCAACUCACUUUUUUUUUCAUAUUACAUAUGUGAUUCAUAUCUUCAACUUGACAGUAAACUAUUUAUCUAUGGUAGUGUUCCUAGUGUUCUCUAGCUAGGUACAUGAUUUUUACUUUACUGUAUAUAAACUUCGAAUUGCUGACAGCUCACAUACGACUAGUAUUGACUUGAAUGGCAGGACGUAUUUUAAUUUAUUAAUCAAAUCAUUUCAAUAUAAUUCUAGUUUUAUAGUAAACAUUAUUCCCUAUGCAUUUGGUUAAGAGUAGAUAUUUAUAAAUGAAUUCUUGACGACUACGAUCGUCAGAUACGUAGCUUAUGAUUUUUUAAGUCAUCAUAAAUUUUUUUAUAUUCACAACAUCUGUAAAUAAAUUCUAUUAUACAAGUGUAUGCUAACAUUUUUACUCCCAUUUUGAUGUCUAAGACAUUUUAACAUGUAGGACUUAAUUUUGUUAUUAUUUCGCUCUAUUUAUGUUUAGGUUAACACUAACCAGCACAUUUCUAAGAAAAUAUAAUAAUAGACGUAAAUUAGAUACAAUUGGAAACCACAGAUGGAAUAGAUAGUCGCACUGCUCCCUGCACUUACUUUCUUUUUAUAUAUAUAACUGUGAAAGCAGCAUUCAUAUAAUCAUGAAAAUAUAAAUAUAUAUACAUAAUUUAUAUAAAGAGAGCUUGGCGAGAUAUAUAAUAAUUUGGUGCUUGUUUUAUCAUAAAAUAUCUGAUUAAAUAGAAGGCCCUCCACAAUGUGAGAUGUUAUGAUUUUGUGUAUAACUAAAGCUAUGUGAAAGAUGUACAUAAUGAUUAUAAUGAUUUUAUGUAAAUUGGUUAAUAAAUAUUUGAAAAUGUUUAUAUAAUCAA